AUGAGCUCGAAACUUUCUCAAAUCGACAAGGUCUCGAAAGAUCUUAAUAGGAAUAAGACGGUACCCUUCGUCUAUCUUCGAACCCUUGAAGACCGCCUAGUCCUACUUUGUACCUUCUUUGGGCGCCAACCACGGAGCGCAGAGAGGCGACCAAAGAAAGAAGUUAACGCUGUUUAUUGUUGCAAAAAAGCUCAAAAGGUUUAUUUUGAGGUCCUCGAGACGUAUCCUCACGUAUUCCUUCCUUUCAUUCUUGCGAUCUCUCCACGCUCUUGUCUGUCCUUUGAUUUGUCGCAACUCGGUCAUUACAAUUCACCGCCGGACGGCUUUCAUUGGAGCAACAAUGUCAAGGAAACCUUCGCAAGCAUAGGCCAGAAACGAGAGAUCAGCGAGGGCACUUAUUACAAGAAAGUGAUUGAAGUUCUAUUCCUAAGUUGGCCUUCCACCUUUACACAAAUCUUUAAGGAGAGGCUAACAGGAGCAGAUUGUUGUCCAAAACCUGUCAGCACUGCAGAAGCAGAUAAACAUUUGGCGUAUCAUGCAGCUGAAUUGGCCGCGAUUGUCGCUAUCUUCGGCAAUCGUAUCUACGGAGGUGUCGAAAUCUCCUCCGUACGGCUAAGUGAAAAGGCUAGAAGUCGAACACUCCAAACAACAGAGAGUGUCCGAACGAAGUUUCCUCUGAGGGACCUCACCGACGGCAUCAUAUAUCUGGAUAUUGGAUGCGCCGCUGAGUAUAGCAGUGUACUGUUUCCAGACGAAGGAGAUGUGACAGGAGUACCGAUAUCUAGAACCCGUGAGUGCACGAGCUAUACAGCUAAGGGCGAGACAUCUAAUCCAACGUACGGUUAA